AGGCAGUUCAGACCAGAAACAAAGUUAUUAAAAGAACAAUCAGCACUGCUCCACAGAAAUCUGUAUUACUAGUGUUACAAGUACCUGUUAGACAGUGACUCUGGCAUCACUGGGGAUGAGCAGGACACUUUCCACUGUUCCAAGCCCAGCACUGCUUGAAAUUUUGUUUUAGUUCAGUAAAGGUUGAACACUAUUUUUGUGAUUUCUUUGCUGUGUGUAAUGUUUUAUCUGUACUGUAUAGGCAUUAAAUUGGAUUGUGAGAUGAGAUUUCUUGCCAGUUACAUAUUUCUAAAGUUUACUUAUUCCUAAAAGUGUACUAAUAGAUUUGGGCAGCAUGUCUAUUUUGUUUCCUUUGUUUCUGCCCUGGUUUUAUAACAUAUUUAAAACUACCCAGAAAAAUGAGUACAGUAAUAAGGAUAUGAGUAUAGUUAACACUAUUCCAGCAAAUAGCAUGAAGUGCUAAAUCUGUACAACAGUUUUUUGUUGUUUUAAAAAUGUCUGCUAAUUUUAUUAAUGGCACUGUAGUCUGAAUGAUACAAGACUUAUUUCCAGGAUGAAGUUAAUACUUGGACUCAAAGUGAAAUUAUCUGCCUGCUUGUGGUCUGGUGUUAAUAGAGGAUAACCGAGAGCUCUUUUCUGUGAAGGAAUGUGUGAAACCUGAGUUCGGGUAUAAGUGUUAGCUUUGAAAAAUUGCUGGCAUUGAAUUUAUUGAAUUAUGAAUCCACAGUUCAGUUGACAAUUAUUUUUAGUAAUGAAAAUGAGGGGUUUUUUGGAGUUUAAGAAAUAAAGAAAUUAAAUACAUGAGUGUAUUUUGCAUGACUAGCAGAUAUUUAAGGGAAAUGGCUUUAAGAAAAUAAGCAUUGAGAGAAUGCCUGACUUGGAUUUAUUGUGAAUGUCCUUAUGAAUCCAAUAUACUAUGAAAUUUUGAAUUGCAUAAAUAUAUAGGGCAAUUAGCUAGAUUUUCCCCAUAAUAAAUGGGUGUUAGUGUAACACACAGCACAACUACACAUCUUCCCUCUGCACAUUUGUAAUUGCUAGUCUUUUGUGGCAAUUUGCCUAUUCCAAAGGAGUUAGAAAAUGUAAAAUUUUAAAAGCAUCAUCUCAGUACUGGAAAUAAAAGCGGAGCAUUCUUCUCUUUGUCAGAAUAAUUUGAUUUAGAAUUUUAUUCUAGCCCUUUUGCAAACCAUUAAUAGCUUUCACUCAAAGCAAAUACUUAGUCUUGACAAGGAUGUACACAUGAACCAGCAGGACCCUCCACUGUUGAGCAGAUUAAUUCCUUUUAGUGCAGCACAGAAUUUCCCUGUUUUGGAAGUUACUUGGCUUUAAUCCAGGGAAAUUCUCCUUGAAGCAUGUGGUAUCCAUUGCAAGAGGCCCAAAGGAUAUAUAAAUCCCAGAUGGAAUUAUCGUCUAUACAAAAUUUCUUCAGACAAAACAAAGGAAUAUAGUCUUGAUUGUGGUUCUGGAUGGACAGAACCCAACCUUAUUUUUCAAGCCAGUUUUCCUUGAUGUUAACAGCAUCAUUUAAUGCAGAUCUAGCUACUGCCAAAUAUACUCCUGUAUAAUGUACUGCUCAGUCUAGCUCCCCUCUAGGCUGUUUCUGCCCUGUUGUUCAAAAAGGAAAACUGGUCAUCUCUCCCCCCCACCACCCAGUUUUCCUCUCUUUAUAUAUUAAAAAUUAAUCAUCUAUUCCUUAGAAAAUCAGGAGACAAGAGGGACAAAGCCAACUCUACACAUAUAUUUCAGUCAACUACUAAACUAAUGGGAAAUAUGGCCUGCUUUCCAACUGCUGAAGCUCUCUCACUGGAUCUAACUACUGCUGUAGUUUGGUAUUUCAAUUUAGAGCUUGACAUGUGGGAAUUCUUGAACAUUUCCAGUUCUAAAGUACAUCAGACUAGAAACUUGUUAAGAUCAUAGCUCCGGAGCUUGUUAUACAAAUGUCAUGUUCAUAGAGCUUCAGGGAUAAAGCCAACAUGCUGUUCACAGAUCAUUAGGAAAAAUUUUUUGACUCUUUCAUUGUGCUAGAUAGAUGUUGCUCCCACUCCGUUGGGUGAAUUCUGUAGCUAGUAUGAUGAAAAAAUACUAUAUAAUUCUGUAAUUGAGUUAUGAUUGGACUGGGACUUGGUGCAUGAACUCAAGCCACUUCAAGCCCUCUAAGAUAUAGGCUCUAAUGGGAGAGGAUGGUGAAGAUUGAGGUUGUACUGUGUAAUGGAUAUCAACAUCAUCUGCUAUGCACAGGACUUUUUUCAGUUGUGUGGAUCUGUGAACUUCUGAAUCUGCCUCCAUUGAUCUGAAGUUAUACAAAUUCCUUCUUGUUUGUACACUUUUUAUUUUUUAUUAUUUAUUAAAUUCGUAUAUCUGAAAAUCACAGAACAGAAAAAUACAGAAUGCGAAUACAAAAUACAUAGUAAAACAAAAACAAAACCCCCAAUAACCCCUCUGUGAAUAUCAGUAUACAUUCUGAUAGCAUUUUUUAUUUUGAUUUUACUGAAAUUAGGAAAGUAACAGAUGGCCACAGAGUUGUGCCUGGAUGGCUUAACCUCUUCCUUCUUUAGAGAACAACUGUUAUCUCCUGUUGUUCUCUCUCAGAUCAACCAAGAAUGUCCUCUUUGAUUAUUUAAUCUCUGCUGGUUGCAGAGACAGGACUUCUCAGUGGCUUGCUCACAACUACCGUACAUAACGCCUGUCUCUUAGUGGCUCCCAAAGGCAGGGCUCUAAGGAGUUUGAGAUGGCAGCUGGUGAAUGUGUUUAUGUAGGAGGUUUAGUUUAGUUUUACUUAUGUUGAAUAAUAACAUGCACAACAGUGCCUGCAAUUUCUUAACUUUUCUGAAGGCAUGUAAUUAAAUGUCUUAUAUUUUCCCCUUGAAACCAGAUGUUUUGGAGGAAUUAAAACUGCUGCAAUAGUUUUCGAGACUUCAAUAUGAAUGUAGCCUGCCUGCUUUCAUCUUUCCACAUUCAUUAUUUUGGUUUUUUUAGUGACUAGAAGUUAGUAACACUGUCCUUUUGGCUAUCUAAGCUUGCUGUGUAAAUUCUCAAUAUAGACUUGGGAGGUCAUAAACUAUGACUUGCCAAACUACUAUGGUGUAUGUGGAGUGCAGACAACAGUGAAUAACAUUUAGCUUUCUGUUCAUUCAGUCCUACAUGCUUGCAGUGCGUAAGUGCUUCAGGAUGAAUAGUUUUUGAGCUGGUUUGUCUGAGAAAGUUAGGUUCUUGAGUGUAAGGUGGUUGGAGGUAUUGGAGGUGGUUUAUGUAACAAAGUUAUUAGUUGCACCUAAAUCAUCAUCAUCAUCAUCACUUUUAAUUUGUAUACCGCCUUUCUAUCAUACAAUACUCAAAGCGGUUUACAAGCUGAAGAAACAGAAUCUCAUGAAAUACAAAACAACCUUAUAACUAUCUAAUGCAAUACAAAAAUAUGAUAAUAAAACAUAGCUUUAAAAUAAGCAAUCACAUGUUGCAUGUUUCAUACUAGAGAGGGCUAUAGGAAGUGGAAAUAUUUGGCUACAUAUCUGAUAAAAAUAGUUGCAGGAACUGCUACAGCUACAUGAACUGCAGCUCUGGAGAUAUUUUAACUUCUCUAAAUUUAGCUAGUUCCUCAUUUCUUAUUUUUAUAUAAUAUCUGGCUCUUUUAAACUCCUUUCCGUAGAGUCUCUUUGCUGAAUGAAAGGUCACCCACUGACUUAACAGUGCAAAAGGAUUAAAUUACAAAAUCUCAUGACAGGGCACUCUUCAUUCUCACAGAAUUUAGAGAUUCAGGAUUGAGGCCAAGCUUGCCAACUGAAUUUUCUACAACUAAAGCUGUGUUUUUGAUGCAGUCUAAGUUACUGGAACAUUUGUGUGUUCAACCAAAUUAAUUCUUAAUAGAGGCUCAUCCAGAGGAUGGCUGGAGCCAAAUCUUUUCUGCUUGCUUUUUCUUAGCAUGCAUGAGAGAGGAGUUGCCUGAAUUCUGAAAAAUAAUCCCACACUGUUUUCCCUAUUAAUACACUUUUUAUUGAAAUGUUCUUCUGAUCAGUGCUGCACUUGAAAGUUGGCUGAUUUAUCUGAUCUCUCCCUUCAGAAUAAAAGUGUCAUAGAACAGAAUCUGGCUUAGGCGGGCCUAAUGAUGUUGGUUUUUAACAUCUAUUUAUUAAUUUUGACCCCUUUCCUCUUCCAAGCAUACAUAGUAUGCAUUUAAAGGAAUCAUCCUGACAAAUCCGCAUGUAGCAUUGGGGAACUAUUUCUACAAAGUCAUUCAAUGAGCUUUGCUGCUGAAAUGCCCCCAAGUCAAAUACCCUAGGUGCUGGACCUCUGUGAUUCUAUGAGCCACACAGAGCAUAUGUAACUUUAGUGCAGCAAUGGGAAACCUGUCACUCUCCAAAUGAAGACAGGCUACAACUUCAACCAUCCCUGGCUAUUGGCUAUGUAACCUGUUGCUGGUGAGAGCUGCAGUUCAACAACAUCUGGAGGGUCAUGAAAUAGCCACCCCUGUAUAUUAAGACCAUUCCUGCCUGAGAAGGUGAUUGGUAGCAUAUUUCAGAGUUACUUUUAAAUGGCAUUCUAUUGAAAUCUGGGAAGCACUGUAUAUCUGGCAGUGGCAGUCAUUGUUGCCUUUCCCACUGUGAUUCCUCAUCUGCUGCAGUAGGGAGAAAGGUUGUGAGAUUUAUUCUCUUGGUGCUAAAGAACAGUCAAAACUACAACCAUGAUAACAUAAAUUACACAAUGCAGUACUUAGGCCUUCAUAUUACUUAGGUUUUAUAAACGUGCAAAUAUGAGGUACCGUACUUAAUCAUGCAGCAGAGUAAUUCCUAGGCUACUUUCACAGAAAAUAUUGGCAAAGCACAUUAAGUACUCAUGCAUAAAUUAUCCAGGCAUAAUUAUUUCAUCUCUGUACUGCUCACGCACAGAAGAGUGAAUACAAAUGAAGAAAGAGAAAAGUGUAUAUAUCCAUUUGAACAGUGCUUUUCUUCAGUUAUCACCAUUGGAGAUAAAGGGAAGAAGUGGCUUCAGUUCCAAGAGCAUCUUUGUGAAUGGUAUCUUAAUCUUAAAGUGGUGUGCAUAGAGAUUUGUUUGGGUGAUUGCCAAUAAAAGUGCACAUAAAUAAAAGAAUUGCAAGUAAUCUGAGAACAAAUGAAUAUUAGAGUAAGAGAGAUCAGUGUCAGUGGCGAACCUUGGGGUCUCAAAUUUCAGCGGUACCCUGUGCGACACCAACAUUUGGCCCCCUGAACCUUCCAUUCUGCAUCAUAGUUGCGGUGCUCCUGAGGCUCUGUGCUCAGUGCGACUGAACCAGCUGCUCUCCCCCAAAACUGUCUCUGUCAGUAUUAUCGUAUCAGAUUCAUGGGGUUGGAAUUCCAAGUUCUCAUUUUGAAAAGUAGCAUAUUUGCUGUUGUAUCAUUGUCCUCUGUUAGCUAAAAGAACACAUGUACUGCCUCAAUUUCAUUCGGGAUUAGAGAUAUGUAUAUGUACUUUUAGCAUCUUUUAAAAAGCUGUGUGUCUUAUAGAGGUCUUUGGCAAUAAUAUUUAAUACCUUUGCAAAAAACGUAUUGAGCAGACUUCCUUCAAUGAUAAUGACAUGAGUUUUUUUUAAGAGUCUUAUAGAAUAUAUAAAACAGAAUUCUCUCUGCAUAAAUAACAUGUGAUACUUUCUCCAGGUGACAAAUUUUUGCUACAUUAUGUGUAAAUAUUAACCUCUCCCUAGUUCAAUCACUGUUAGCCUCGUGUACUGUGAAUGGAAGAUUACAGGAGCAGAUGUUAAAAUCUAGAGGAUUUUAAUUCAAAUUCUAAGAAGUUAAAAAGUUAGCUGAUGUUUUGGGGGAGGAUCAGCUAUACAGUGAAUUAGUAGAAAGUAAGUUCCCUUCUACUGAAGGGAAUAUUGUUAGAAAGUAGUAUAGGGGAGAAAGAGUUUAUGUGGCGGAGAGAGCUAGAAUAUACUGCAGUUAUUAAACAGUUAAUGCAAAUCUUUUAUUAAAAUCCCACCAAAAUAACUUCAUGAUUUUCAGUACCUUUCUUUCAAGCCUGAACCAUCUCAGCAGGAUUCACCUGUGAUGUUUUAUAACUGCAUCACCUGUGAUGCUUGGAUUGUGCUUUUGAUGAUGGCAAGGAAAUGAUGUCUUUUCAACCAGCAUCUAUUUUAUUUAGGUUGAUUCACUUCCUAGUUCCCAUUAUGAGGGCCUAUUCCGUUGCAGCAGAGACACUGCUUCCUCUGAAGUUAGAUGUCAACACUGUGUUAUAUUCAACAAAGUAGUCCUAUUAGUGCAAGGCCUGUGCAAUGGACUUCCUCUCCCUCUGUCUUCCCCAACAUUUGCUCAGAUUGCAGGGUUGCAUGGAGAGCAGAAAAGGAGAAGUCCCAUUGCUUAGAUAGGUGUAUUUUCACUUACAGGACAAGCUUUCAUGUCACCAAAUGUGUUUGAAACUGCAAACCUAUACCUAGUUUCCUGGGUGUUCUAAAUAAAUAUGUAUAGGAUUAUACAGUGGUACCUCAGGAUACAGAUGCUUCAGGUUACAGAUGCUUCAGGUUACAGACUCCACUAACCCAGAAAUACAGUAGUACCUCGGGUUAAGAACUUUGCUUCAGGAUGAGAACAGAAAUCGUGCGGCAGCGGCAUGGUGGUAGUGGGAGGCCCCAUUAGCUAAAGUGGUGCCUCGUGUUAAGAACAGUUUCAGGUUAAGAACUAAUUAAGUUCUUAACCUGAGGUACCACUGUACUGCAACUUCUUUAUGUAGCACCAUCUAAGAUGAGUACAAAAGACCUAGUGAGGUCAAUGAAAUAUUAACACAAUGCAUUCAUUUUGUGGCUUAGAGAGGUAACCUGAUGGACUGUUCAUUAAUCUUCCAUUCUUGAUAAUCACUUGGUUUUAAAAAUUGGUAUUCUUGUACCAGACCAUCAUGUUACCAUAGAUUCUGACCUCUGUAUGCUGGUAUGAAGCAGAAUCUCCAAACACAGCCCAGGAGAAGGGGCUGGACCAAAGUCUUCAUCCAGAUAACAGGAUUAAAGGAAAUAAAAGGUUGAAAGUAGAAUAAUGGAGUUGUAUAUAAAAGGGAAGGUGAUAAAGUUGCACGUCAGAAACAAAACAGAUGGGGGUCCUGCACAGCAUUAGCUGCUGUGGAAUUGAUACAAAUGAGGAAAAGGUGAAGAACCACUAUGCUCACCUUGGUUGGCAUUUCUUGUGGCAAGGAGAUUGGGCUUUAAUCUUUUACAGUUCAAUGAAAUAGAGAAGUGGGGGGGGGGCAGGGAAGCAACACAUUCCUAAUACAAUAAUCAAACUCCUACAGUGUAGUGGCUGACAUUGGGGAUAGAGGGAGAAAUUAGCAUUAUGUCUACAAUCACAAUUCCUCAGGUGGAAGGAGUGUUUGGGGGGGGCAGCAUGAUGGAGACAACUGUGUUAGUGCCAUGCAUUAUCUUGAAAUAGUUUGAAUUGUGCCAAUGGAUGCCAGGCACUUAGAGCAGAUGCUGCCUAAGAACAUAUUCCCAGUAUCACCCCUGAUAUUAAACUGUAGAGUGGUGCUAUUCUGUGCUCUUAGUAGAACACAUUGUGCCAUUUGGGGUUGCAAUUUAUUUAUUUUUCCCAGCUGUCCAUUAAAGGCAAAUUCCUGCAAUAUAUGUGGAUGUGUUAGGAAGGGGACACCAUCAAACUAUAGUUUCAUGUAUGAGCUUUGUUUUCAGAUUUGCUAGUGAUGCACAGAGAAUCUUCAAGCAUUGCAGCUGGUUCUCCAGGUGUACCGUGUAUCGGUAGUUUCAGUUUUAGCAAUACCUUUUCUGUUUGUGCCAUUUGUUAAUGUUAACAUCAUUAAAGCUAUUGGCUGAAUUAUAUGGGAGGCAGAGGAAAUAUUAGCAACAUUUUAUUUCCCUUGGUGGUCACUUUCACUUUUUCUUCAACAUAAUUGGAAAUACUGUAUGGUCUUUUGGGGACAAAGGAGAAAUUUGCACUCAGCUGCAUAGUUAGUAUUGUUUUAAUGCACCUAUUUCCAAAAUAUGGAAUGUUUCCACCAUUAAGCUUAACAUCAACAGAGAGAUAUUCAUUUCACUGACACUAAAGCAAAUUGGAUUUCUGCAGAAAAAGAAACAAUUUGCCACUGAAGUGGAUUUGUAAUCCUAUUAUUUUCAUGUUCACUGUGUGUAUAUGUGUCUGACUUAUUCUUAAUAAAGUGAUUAUUCUCACUUCAGAAUGUGCAGUUACUUAAGUUUGCACUUAAGUCUUACAUACUGUAGUAGCUUGUGGCUUUCCAUACUCCUCCUAAUCCACGAGAGAGUGACACAUUCAUGAUGUCUACAAUAUAUAAAAAAUUUAUUGUGGGUGGGUGUGUAGUGUAUCUCUGUUGAAAGAAUUGGAAUAGAAUAAGGUUUUCAUGUAAACUUUUUUGCGGUAGAUCCUGAGAAGUGUCAGAGGAAUGAGUGGGCAGAGGGUGACUUUCUCAUUCUUGCUAAGCUUUUUGAAAAAUCUGUCCUGAGGGCCAGGGAACUUUCCUGAAUAAGGCAGGAUGACUGAGGAUCAUGGAAAAAUAUCCAGAGGCAGCUUUAGUGAGAAGGCCUCAAUUUUUCUUGAUGUAGCCAAGAAGUAGUAGUAGGGGGCAUAACCCUUCCAUAGGGUUCUAGCACUUAUAUAAGAAUUGAAAUAACCUGACUAUUCUUAUGCAGCUUUCCUCUGAAGCUUUUCAGUUGCUUCCAUAACCAUGUUUGUCAUGUGAUAAUUACUACUUUCAUGUAAUUGACUGGGUUGUAUCCAACAGUCAAUUUGUUUGCACAAGGACUUUCACCUGUGCAACAGAACUUCCCCAACUUCUCUUCCCCACAUGUGCCUCCCAGAUUUGUUCUGUGGUUUUCCCCAACCCUUCUGAGCAGAUUUGGAUGGUGGCAUGUGGGGAGAGGGUAAGUUCUGAUGCGCAAGCAGAAGUCCUUGUGUGAGCGGGGCAACUUUGCUGGAUACACCUGUUUGCGGGGUUAGAAACUGAUAUAUAAAAGCUAGGAGCUAAAUGGCACGUUCAACCUAGGUUAUGGGCACCACAGUGGAAUGUCUAGGCACACUUUUUAUAACAAGAAUACAAAGCUAAAAAUGAAUGAACUGCAGCUAAAAACUUAUGUUCAUUUUUCACAUGAUCUAGUCCUCAUCUGAAGGCUGCAAAAAACAAAGCCAUGCUUCCCCUGCAUGCCCCAUUAAUAUUCUUAUGAGGGUCCCUCAAACAGCUGCCUUUCUGUAAAGCCAGCUUAGAGGCAGAACCUAUCAGCUUGCCUGAUGCUGCAGUGAUUUCUUGGAAGUCAAGCAGGCAGGAAUUUCUCCUCCCAUGCCCUCAACAUCAGCAGUGGCAGUUUUAAUUUGAAAUCUUAGGUGCAGUACUGCACCCAGAGCUCAGAAAUUGCUCAUGCUAAUGAAAUUCCCAGUCGCAAAAUGUGCCUAGAACAAUAGGAGUUUCGAAUGCUGCCUGUUUGUAUAUAAUGGGUCUUGUGAUUGUAACAACCCUACCAUUAGGCAUGGUGACAUAACUUCCUCAGGCAGCUGCUUUUGAAUGUCAUAAAAAGGCAGCAAGUGGAUAAAUUAUUUAAUUUGUUUUAUUUUUACUGCUAGUGAGGGGGAGAUAUGAUUAUCGGAUCUUCUGCUUAAAAUGCCAAAAUAACUUGGCUGGCCACGGGUGCACCUGACUUGUAGUGGCAAUAUGUCUUGGUUCUGGGCCUGGCCACAACUGGUCAUGUACAUUUUAGUUUACAGACUUGUGCUUUCUCAGGUUGGCUUUUGCAUGUUCCAGCAUACAGUGAAUGCAAAAGUGUUGGUUCACUUGCAUGUUUGCUUACUUUGCAUGUUGUAACACAUGAAUGAAUCCUGAAGUAGGCUGCUUUUCUAUACACAUUUACCAGGAAGUAAGCCCCAUUGAACUUACUGGAGUUUAAUUCUGAGUUAACAUUUGUAGGAUUGGACUAAAGCAAAUGUGCAGAUUGUGAACAUUUUUAUUAUGAGGAUAUUUGCAUCGAUUCAGACAUUUGUAAAUGUACCGUAGCAAUCUUGUAGUUGUGGUGGGGCUGGACAUACACUUUGCUUCCCAUAUGAUAUUACAAGUACCCCUACUUCAAUUUAUUGUUUAGUAACACAGAAAUCAGAGGUAUGCAAGUAAUGAGGGUACAUGUGUGUGUCUCAUCUUUCCUGCUACAUUGUGUUGUGUUGUGGAGUGGAGUGCACACAUGGAAAUUUGCCAUUCACCCAUAUGUAUAGGAUUGCUGUAUUUAAAAUGUUUGAAAUGGCCCUACAUUCCCUCUACUAAACUGAUUUGCCACUUGAAACAGCUUUGUCACUAUUUCUUAACACAGUGUAACACUUUGAAGUGUCUCUUUAUCUUUCAUUUGAUCAGGGGCGUCUUAAGCGUAUCUGGUGCUGUGGUGCACGGAUCCCUCCGCCGCCCCCAUGUUUCCCUCUGGGUGGGCAGCAGCUGGAGGGCGGGCAGGACGGAGGCUGGGGGCAUAGCAUGGCAUAGUGGAGGCGGGCAAGGGCUGCGCUGCCAGCGGAGCUGGAGGGUAAACUUUACAUCCCCUCCCUGCCGCAUGGCCUGGCCCCCACCGGCUAGGUGACGCGCACAGUCAUGCUCUCCCUUCCUCUGCAUUUGCAAGCAACACCUGCGGCGCUUCGGCUCUGGGGGACUGGCAGCGGCGGCAGCGCUUGCUCGAUUGGCUCGGGGAAGCGGGCAGGCAGAGGAAGCUCCUUGGCUCCGGAGAGCAGCUGGGCAGCAGAGGCAGUGAGGUCCGGCGGGUCCUCCUGCACGCCCGGAGCGCCAUAGAGCAGCCGCGACGUGGGAGCUGCAGGCGGAGGCGCCAGGUACUGCCCGCCGAACUCGCAGGCAGGCAGGCGACAACAGCCCCGGUGGGUGCAGGGUGGCCUCUCUGGGAGCCUUUUGGCUUUUGUGAAGGUGGCGGCCUCCUCCACACCGUAGGGUAGCGGCAGGCGCAGGCUGUACGUGGCGGGGCGCCACUGCAGUUCCCUCCCGUGGACCUCGAGCUGAGCCUGGGUGGCCGAGCUGAGGCAGGGCAGCUCCACCGUCACCACAAACUCGCAAACAGGGAAAGGGGAGACCACCGGCAAAGCCAUGCAGCUCCCCCACUUGCUGGGGCACCCCUGAGAGGCGGGCGCCCUGGCGCAAUGCGGCAGUAGUCCCAAUAGGAAAGACGGGGCUGCAUUUGAUAAAUGUGUCUUAGCAUGCACCAAAUAGUUUUUUUCUUGCUUCUUAGCCUCCUGGUUACACUUUUGUGGUUUUGUAUACUUUUGAACAGGAUGUAGCAACUGAGCUUUAUGCAGCAUCGGAUGAAGCCUAGAAAUAUCCACAAAUAGAACAUACUUUUGCAAGCAAAAUGUGCAGUGAAUAAAGAAGUAAAGUGAAACACAUGUUGCAGUUGCUUUGUUUGGAGGUAGCUGGAAAUGGUUGCUCCUCGAAUGACUGAAAAGUUUGAAUCUCAUUGCACUUGGAGUGCAAUUUCUGUUAAUUACUGGAAAUCCUUGUCCCAGUUCUACUGAAGCUAGUGGCAAACAGUGUUGAAGUUGGUUACUAGUUGCCUGUUCCUUGUUUCUACAAUACAGUGGUACCUCGGUUUAUGAACACGAUUGGUUCCGGAAGUCUGUUCAUAAACUGAAGCGUUCAUAAACUGAAGCAAACUUUCCCAUUGAAAGUAAUGGAAAGUGGAUUAAUCUGUUCCAGACGGUCCACGGAGUACUUAAACUGAAGCGUUCAUAAACUGAAGCAAACUUUCCCAUUGAAAGUAAUGGAAAGUGGAUUAAUCCAUUCCAGACAGGUCCGCGGAGUACUCAACCUGAAGCGUACUUAACCCGAAGCAUGGGUGUAAUUGGUUCUGGAAGUCUGUUCAUAAACUGAAGCGAACUUUCCCAUUGAAAGUAAUGGUAAGUGAAUUAAUCCGUUCCAGGUGGGUCCGCAAUGUUCGUAAACUGAAAAUUCAUAAACUGAGGUGUUCAUAAACUGAGGUUCCACUGUAGUUUGAAACACAGUUCAAUCUGAAAACAUUAAAAAAGAAUUAAAGUUUGCAUGUCCCUAAACCCCAGCAUCAUAUUUGGCUGAGGUCCGCAAUAGAAUUUUUUUUGCAAUAAAAGCUAUUGCAAUUGUGCAAUGCUGUAAGACAACUUCGUAUUCAUUUUAGCACUAUGCUCAGCUUAUUAACAAAUUGUAUGCUGCACCAGUGAACUUGUGAAAGACAGAAGAUCCAUUCAAUUUUCUGUAUUUGAAGUGAAUCGCUUCAUGUUGUAGGGAUGAAGAAAAAGGUUCUCAUUGACUCCAAUUUAUGCAGCCUGGUUCUUUAAUGUUUUAUGGAAAAGAAAUUCCAUACAGCGUGGGAUACUUCUAAUCCUGUAUUAAUGUUCCCUAAAGCUAGAUGAUGAUGAUUAAGUGAAGCAAUAUUUCUUGUAAACCUGGUUUGGCUAGAAAUGGUGUAGGGCACUGAAGUUUGUUUUGUUGCAAUUUCUUAUGAAGAGUAGGAGCAGGGUGUGUCUGUUCUCUCUCAGUUCUAAAUGUGGUUCAGUAUUCUGUGUCAAUCUUGAUGUGCUAAGCUUGGGGUUUGUUCUAAGAGCUGAACCAGCAGGAGUCUGAAAACAGUCUGAAGCAACACUCCCGGCCAGUCAAUCCAGUGGAAGAAGGAGAUCAUCUGCAUAAAAAGGAAAAGCAGUAUUUCUUUCAACCUGACCAAUGAUCAUCAGUUGUGUAGAAAAAAGCAGAAAAGUUUUCACUGACUAUGGAAUUUGGUGGGCAAGGCUGAGAGAGACCAUGCUAAGGACUGCCUGAAAGUGCCAGCUGCGGACAGAAGAGGCGGAUGCAAAGUGGCGCAUUGAGCAUUUGGAAUGUUUUCUGUCAGGUAGCAUCAAGGAGGGAGAGGCCACCCCAGCCUCAAGACGUGCAGCGUGAGACAUAAGGACCAUCUCAGCCUUUGACAUGAAGAAAGAUAUAGAUGCCUUAAUAGCAGAGGAAAGGGCAGAAAUCAUUGCUAAGUAUGAGAAGGGAAGGCAGGAAGGAGCUCAGAUUGAUCCGUGGGAAGAUGCUGACUUCACUCUCUACAAAGUCACUGACAGAUUUGGGUUUUUGCAUGAGCAUGAGCUACCAACCCGCAGUGCUCUGGAGGAGAAGCAAAAACUUCAGGAGAUUGAACGAGUGGACAAAUGGCUGAAGAUGUUAAGAAAAUGGGGAAAAUACAGAAACAGUGAAAAGAUGUUUCGCAGAGUUUAUAAAGGGAUUCCCCUCCAGGUGCGAGGCCAAGUCUGGUCACUCCUGCUGGAUAUUGAAAACAUUAAGAUGGAGAAUGAAGGAAAGUAUGAGAAAAUGAAAGAACAAGCCAAGAGUUUCUCAUCAGAAAUCAAGCAGAUAGAUCUUGAUGUCAAUCGCACCUUUCGAAACCACAUCAUGUUCCGGGAUCGCUAUGGAGUAAAGCAACAAGCCUUAUUUCAUGUCCUGUCAGCCUACUCAGUUUACAACACGGAAGUGAGCUACUGCCAAGGAAUGAGUCAGAUUGCAGCUAUCCUGCUGAUGUACUUAAACGAAGAGGAUGCCUUUUGGGCACUGGCACAGCUACUUACCAAUCAGAGGCACGCAAUGCAUGGAUUUUUCAUUCCUGGAUUCCCAAAGCUACAGAGAUUCCAAGCCCAUCAUGAGGCAAUCUUAAGUAAACUCUUUCCGAAGCUGAAGAAGCACAUGGACAAGGAGCAGAUGUCUACAGGGAUUUAUACAACGAAGUGGUUCCUCCAGUGCUUCAUUGACCGGACCCCAUUUACUUUAACUCUGCGGCUAUGGGAUAUCUACAUUCUGGAAGGAGAGAGGGUUCUGACAGCCAUGGCCUACACUAUCCUCAAGUUGCAUAAAAAGCGCUUGUUGAAAAUGACCCUAGAGGACCUAAGGGAAUUCCUGCAAGAAAAAAUUGCUGGCUCCUUGCAUUUUGAAGACGAUAUUGUAAUUGAGCAAUUGCAAGCGUCCAUGGCUGAACUGCGCAAAAUGAAAUGUGACCUGCCACCCCCAGCAAAAUCUGAAGAAUUCCCCAAGAAACCUCUGGGGCUGGAGCGCUCUCUCAAUCCGGUGUCAGUGAAGCCUAAUGUUGCAGCUAACGGCCAGAAAAAGGCGGCCGGGGACCUCAACCAUGACAAAGAUGUUGUAAUGCAACCUUCUCCAGAUAAAAGUCCUACUCACUUGAACGAAACAAUAGUUAAUUCAAAUAAGGCAAUGCAUGAGAGAGCCUCUGCUCCACAACGCAAUGGACCACCCAUCCAAGCUGAACCAGCUGAUGUGCACCAAAAUCCAUUCCAGAAUCAUCAUCAGCCAAGCCAAAAGUUUGAAAUGGAAGAGAAACAAGUAGGAGAAAAUGCCAAUGAAAUCCCAUUGGAGGGUGGUCCUAUAAUGCUGGAUGAUAUUGAGGUCAUUGGAGAAAGUCAGGAUGUGGUGAUGGUCUGUAAUGUGGCUGAAUCAUUGGAGUGCAGUGGCGUAGAGAGGUGUAGUUUACAGGAAAAUAACCCCUGUCUUUUUAUAGAUGAUAUAGACCAUGCUGCUCCCCAGCUGCUUCAAGGUGAGACAGAUGGAUUGCCAAUGGACAACUCUCUCUGGGAGGAGUCUCACUUGCAGAGCCAGACCUUAGAAGCAGACCGGUCUAUCACCCUCAAUAGUACAGAGACAGUAUUGGAGUCAGAGAUAUUCUGCCAAGUGCCAUUGCUUCCAUCUCUUGAAGAGAAAAUAACCUCAGAGUUGGCAUCAUCUGUGUGUAAUGAUGCAGCUCUUCAAGAUGGAAGCAUCACCUGCUCCUCUGAGGAUUUAUUAUCUGAAGAUGUUGUGCUGCUUCCAGAUCACCUGUACCAGCCUCCAAGUCCAGACUUGUCUUCUAUGACAGAACAUAGCCAGUCCACAACAUGUGACUUGUCAGAAAGCACAGCUGCUCCAUGUCCGACCAAAGCACUUGCUGCUCUUCUUCUCCCAUUUCAGGAUGGACAACGGCGACCUUCUAAUGCAUCUCAGUAUGAUAACCUGUCUGAAGGUGACAAUGGAGACGAGAAAUCUCCUGUACAGGUUCCCGGUUCUAAGAAACUGGCAGUUUUAAUACCACAGACUGAGCUCUGUGCUCCUGUGUUAAAGUGUACAGUGCCCAAGUCUGCAUCAGUUGGGGAGCUAGAAAAUCUGCAGAGACAAAGUUGGGAAACGGUAGAUUUGAUGCAACAGCCCAACGAAUAUGGCCAGCCCAUUUCAUUUGCGGUGCUGUAUCCUCACAAGAACCACCCUGGUGGGGGCAGUGUGCCAAUCUUAUCUGAGCUGGACUCUGAGAUGCAGUUGCUGUCAGAAGGCUUCCAAGCCCGGCCCACUUCAUCCCCGGUGUUGCAGGAGCAGCACAGCCCCUUCAGAAUAGUAAAGACUACCACCCCGCUUCACUUGGCUCAUGCUACUGAGCAAGACUUCUCAAGCAAAAAGCAAGUGGCUCUGCCCUUGCCAGAAGCCAGCUGCCACGAUGCAGGUGAUGCUGACACACUUCCUCCUGUAGCUAUGGAAACUCUGGGUGGGGAUGCCAGUGACUGUGAUCAGAAGUCAUGGAACACUUUGAGUGGUUCACCUGCCCUUCAAAGGCCAAAGCCAAAAAUCCCACCCAAGGUUUUCAAAACUCAUUCAGAUAACAAUUUCUAUCCCGGCUGCCCUCCCAUGGUGCAAAUGUCUAAGUCAGUCACAUUCUAGUAGAGCUGAGAAUGAGGAGAUUAAGGUUUCACAGCGCUUAUUCAUGAGGGGUUUGGAAUGAGAAAACACAGCCUAAGGAGGCAUCUGCAUUGCCAGUCAUGCUGUACCCCAAUAAUUCAGGAUGGAGCUUAGAAUACAGGCCAGUAGGCAAUGCCUGUAGAUGGAUUCUUUACAAAUUUGGGUUCUCCUCUUCAGACAGCUCCCAAAGUGCUUUCGAAUCUGGCUUUUCAUCUCCUCUUUCACACCUGAGUAGAUGUCUAACAGAUUUAACCUAACAAAACCAUUUGACACUUUUUCUUCCCAAACCCUUACAGCUGAAAAUUUAAGGUGAGCAUUAGAACACCAGGGAGGUGGAAGGAGUCAUUUAAGGAAGCAGGCGGACCACUCAGCUGUAGGUUUGGGCCAGUAGCACAUCUUUUCAUUAGCAAUAGUGGUGCGGCUCUUCUGUUUCAGUCUAGCAGCCAAUGUAGUCUUGUAAAUUAAGCGGUGGAUGAUUCAUGUCAGGAAAGUUAGCUUUUACAGCAUCUAUGCAAUAUCCAGCACACAUUGUUCAUGUGUGUGUUCUCUUGCAGUGAAACCAGGCGACUCAGCAUGCCUGUUCUUUAGCUCCCUCACUUGUUUGCACUGAUAAGGAUUCUCAAAGAUUAGUAAAACAUUUCAUGCAGAGGAAUGCUUUUCUGUUCAGUUGAACUGUGUGAUGUGCUGCACAUAGAGAGCAAGGGUAUUUUCUGAAAGAAGCCAAGGUGGUGGGCUAGAUUCCAUGCAGCUCACCAGGGAUGGGUUCAUGUCCUUGGACCACUUGCAUCACCAAGAGGGGUGACUGUGGCAGGCAGAAGAACUGUCGGAGGCCUGUCUACCCACCUCUCCCUCUGUAUUUUUCCUGUGCAGAUUCUGGAAGUGAGCUGGCUCACAACCAUGCAAGUGACUCAAAAAAGCUUCUGUAAAGAGGGGCUGUGCACUUGGCAAACCACAAGAGUCCCAUGGAAUUGACACUAAGGAUACCAUUUCCAGCCUAGCCUUGUGGAAAGCAUGUUGGAGAUGAUAGGAAAGUCAUCACAAUUCUUGUGAAUGUUUACACAGACAUAAGCCCACUGAGUUCAUUGGAGCUUACUGCUAAGUAGGUGUGCAUGGGAUUGCAGCCUUUACUUUCCUAGAUCCUUGAUGCCAUUCUUUGCCCAUUUGUCUGUCAACAAAAUGCAAAGUGGCCAAGACAGAAAACAUAGCUUUAGAAGAUAGCCUUUCCUAGGAAUAUGAGGUGUGCUUUAAGAAUGCAUAUAGUCCUAAAAACUAUAGCUUUAGAAGGGAGCUUUCCUAAGGCUUGGUUCUUCAAAUACAAGCUUAUACUUCACGCCCAACCUUCUUUCCAGAGCUGUUGUCCAUCAGUAUUUGUCCCCAGCCGUUUCAAUGGAUUGUUUAGUUUCCAUUCCUGGGGCCAAUAAAUGCCUCCUUAAACAGAUGUCUGGUUUGAAGUGAAGGACUGGAUAGUGCACAGUUCCUUGUUUGAAUGGUCUAUUGCUUUUUAAUAUUUUUAUCUAGAAGAGAGGGAGCAAAGUAAGCAGUCUACAGCUUUCAAUCCUAACUUCCCUUUGCUAACUACAAGGAGAGGUUACUUGUUUAGCCCUGGGAGCCAGGAAUUCUUCUAAUGUCACAGUAGCUUUGAUUUUUGAUUUUAGGGGCUUGUAUAACUUCUUGUUUGCCUCUUCCUUUGGUGAGCUGGGGAAGAGGGAAUAAUAAUCCUUAAUUCUUACCUCAUGGGGUGGUGUGAGGCCUAAUGAUUAGUUAGUUCUUGCAGUGUUCUUGAAGGAAGAGAAGAAUGGCGGUGGAUUGUGCUUGUGUGGAAUUUUACAUUUUACUUUCCUAACUGCUGCACAAUUGUUGAAAAAUGUUUGUGUAUAUCAAUCGUUCCAGGAUUGUAUUUCAAGGGUAAUGACUGAUAAGUCUUUAUUUUGCUCAUUGGCUUCUAGAACAGAAAGAAAAGUGUUGAAAAACUAUUAAUAUCUAGGUUAGAUUUCCCUCAACGUGCACAAGACUCCUGUUUGCUGUAGUUGGAGCAAAGGUUAGUAGGAAAAAGAUGGGAUCCUGUUUAGUCAAAUAUGUGUUCAUUCUACCAGCCUGAUCUUCCAAUUUCUGUGUCAUUUUUUUAUUUGUACCUCCGUUUUCAGCCAAACAAGGUACGAUCAGAAUUAAGGUCAUCAUGCAAUACAUUAGUUUUAAAGGUGCUUAUCCAGAAAUAUUUCACAGCUGUCAAAUGCACAUCCCAGUUAGCACCUACAUGCCUUGAACUUGUGACGCACAUUUUCCACAAAAAGAAUUGCUAAUGGACAAUAUAUGCUCUAGCUAAUUGCAGUAGGACAUCCCAGGGCCCUGCUGAACUUUAGAGCACUGCACCCUAGUGGAAACAGCAGGUGUUGCAUCAAUUUUAUAUUUGGCUACCAGACAACCAGAGAGCAGGACUGUGGCCCAAUUAAUGUUUAAGAUUAUUUUUCAAAAAUUAUUAUUAAUGCAUGCCACACUCUUCCUUGUACAACUCCUGGCUUCAAAAUGUUCAUCUGUUUCCUGGGCCACAGGUAUCUGAGCAGUGCUAUAACGUGUGGUCUCAAAAUCAGCUGUUUAAUUUCUGGAGAACUAUAUGGUCCAGUAAUAGACUGGUACGAUGACAAGCCACGGUGCCUAUCUGUGUGCAUGCCCUUUCUCAAGCAGCAGAACCAAGUUGGCUGUUGUUUCGUUGUCCUAGCUUUUUUUGUGCCCCUGUCUACUGCAGACUCCCAAAGAACUGCACAGGAAACAAGGGACACUUUGAAACAAAAUGAACUGUAACAGAGUAGGCUCUGGACCAAAUAUACUCUAUGAACUAAUCACUUUCCUCCAGCCUAUUGGCUUUCCAGCUGUUUCUUUUGGAGCCUUUCCUUUUCUCUUGAUUCAUACUGGGGCAUUCAUGAUCCCUCUGCCCCCCCCCCCCCGGUCAUAAGCCCGUGGCAAUGAGCUGCUUCUCUUAAGGGCUUCCUUAAGACUCUUGGGUUGCUUUUUGCCUUUAUAUUGAUUGCAUAUGCUGAUCAGACUGUUUGCAUCUUCAGAAGAAAAAAAGAAUUGCAAUGCAUGUAUGACAUUGAACUGACAUUGCAGGAAAGCUCUAACACUUUCAACUUUUCCUUACAAUGGGAGGGAGUACAAAUGUGAGUUACGGGUAAAGGAGUUCUAAAAAUGACAGUAUCGUGGCCUGAUUUGCUGUGAACCAAGGAGGACAAGUCAUUUUUCUCCAUGCAAUUAAUCAAAAGAUGCAAGAUUCUUUGCUGGGCUACUUUCCUUGAAACACAGCAAAAUCCAAGAAAUAUCUAGAGUUUUACUUAAUCAGCGUGCUUCAUAAAAGGGGCAAAUCCCAAAAGAGGAGCAGACUUUUUAUCACCUUCUCAAGGCAUGACACUUCUCAAGCCAAUAACUUGAGCAACCCACAGAUAAUUGCAAGGGGGGGGGAACCUAUGUGAGGAGUUUCAGCAGACAUUAACCAUGUGUAAGGUUACUAGGAAAGUGUAUAAAUCAACUCUGGUCCUACCCAAAGUUAGGUAGAUACCUAGAGGAUAAGGCAGGCUAUCCACCCAUCUUGUUUAUGCUUUAGAGGUGUAACUGUCUUAUUUACAUUAGAAAAUGUAAAAUGUAACUUUACAUAUAAGAGUUGAUCACAGUGCAUAUUGUACUUUGAAAAGGCAUUCAGAUAAUAACAGUUGUGCAGGUAUUAGUAAAACCUGGAUGAAAUAGUAAUUAAUGUUAGAUGUAUUUAAAAUGUAAGAUAUCCCUAGGCAGUACAGCCACCCAGGUAAAAACUGAUAACCAAUCCCUACCCAGUAGGGUCUCUAGUGUUCAUAUGUGCAACAUUCCCUGUGUGCAGCAUUCUCAUGUUAAAACCCAGGUGGAAGCAUUCUCUAUCUUGCAGUUAUUGCCUAAAUCUUUUUGUUGAGGGACUUUGUUGUCAAGCCCAUGCAAACAUUCUUCUCUGCCAGUGGCCUGUUCCAGUUCUAGUUUGGAAGCUGCUGUUUCAAAUUGGAACAGUAGAAAGGAGGGCACGGUACUUUGUUUCCCUUGCUGAUUUAUCCCCCCCCCCAAAAAAACCCUCUAAUCCGACCAACCUCUCUCACGGAAAUGGCACGGGGACCAAAGCAAAUGUGAGAGUGACAAGGGACAUAAGAGAGCUUACCUUGGUGCGCACGCCUGAAAUUCUCCACCCUAAAUGUUAGUUCAAUGUCACGUGCAGAUAGGAAACCAAUUUGAUUCUGCUUUAACAGCACAAUUAAAUUUCCUGAUGAAAGACCUUUGAGACAUUAUGGAAGUGGACCAGAAUGCUAAAGAGUUCAGCUGGGAUGCCUGCAGCAAAAAGAGAGGAUUAGGUAAUGCAAGAGUAUAAAACAGACUCCAAACAGGAUGCAAGAGGGACUAGUACAGUGCAUCUUACGUGGAAAGGUAAGAGAGAGUAUUUAACCGAGAUAGUAGUUUUUCAUCACACAAUCUCUUUUUUUUCAGGUUCUCUCAGCUGGAGAGGACUAGUGAGGAGUUAGAAAAAGAGCAACUUUUUGUCCAGUAUUCUAGCAAUAUUAGGGAUGCCCUUGUACAAACUAGAUUGCCAUAUGCAGAAAGCUACUUGGAUUUCAACAGUACAGUAUCUAGUUUAGGUUCUAUUUUACAUUAUGUUUUGUAAGCUUAAUGCUUCCUACUUUUGGACAACAAUGCAUUUACCAUCUCUAGUUGAGAAGUCAGCUCUAGAGGGGUUUGCUAGGGGUAUUUUUCUUUUGAUGUCAUUAAUUCCUAUUCAGGUUUGCCACCUUUUGCUAUAGAAACAUGCCCACUGUAAGUCAAGACAGGACAAGUACAAUAUCUCCCUUGAAAAUAAUGUGUGUGCUUGGUGGGGGCUGUGGAAUAUUCAGUGCAAAGAAGCUUACCUGUGCAAGUAGGCAAACAGCAACUUCACCUGCCGUACAGCAAACAAUGAAUGGCUCCUACAGCCUUCCUAAGUAAGGGGAAUGGAGCCAGUAUUUCUUUAGGAACUCAGGAAAAUACUCCCUCCCUCCCCCAAUCCCCAAAUGGUGUGCAUGUAGCCGAGAUGUAUUUAGUUUUAAUGUUCAGCUAGGGGUUGGAUCAGAUCCAACACUUUGAGCAGAAACAGUACAGCCAUGUGGCAGAAAUUCAGCAUGGAGGUUCUGGAAACUCUUCCAUUGUUGAAACUUGUAACCUCUGCAGUUCAGUAGAUUGGUCCUUUUGUGCACUUUGAUCGCUCUGCUGCCAUUGUCUUUUUUAUUAUUACAUUUUAAUUGCUAUUUUUGUUUACACUUUUUGAAAGCUUCCUCUGUAACUCCGUGUAUUGUAUUUUUGCUUUCAUGCCUUUUUAUGUAUAUGCUUGGGGUGGGUGGGUGGGUGGGAGGGCAAAACAAAAACCAUUCACUUUUUUUAUUCUGAUCCAGAAGGACUGUACAGUGUUCAAAUGCUGUGUUUUACAUGGUUGUAAUAACAGUUAAAUUUUAGUA